AUGACUGGUGCAGGAAUCUUGCUCGGCAGCAUUGCCACGCUCUCCCUACUUGUUCAGGGCGCUCUCUUGGACAAUACAUGUCGUUCAUACGGCAUGGAUUUUCAGAACGGUCAAAGCUACUUCCAGAACAGCUUGUCUACAGACCCCUUUACUUUCGUACAACAGUUCGAGGGUUGCCAAAAAGACAUAUCCAACAACCUCUUGGUCGACCCUAGCGGGGAUCAAAUACAAUGCUCGGACACGCCUUUGCAGCCUGACGAUACCGAUCAGAUGUCCACUUGCCCGAUCUUGAAGAACCAGCUAGUAUCGGGUGACUGGUCAAUCAUUAUUAUUUCCAACAAUGGCGACGACGGAGAGCCAAUCGCCUACCAGCGAGACUUCUCACUCAACGUUGGGCCACAAAGCACGACAAUUGUUACUCCCACCGUUCCGCUCACUACAACAUCUACUCCCGUGAUAAGCGCAGUAACUACCGAGACGGACAUUGUGAACACCACUCUGCCUCCAUCGACUACCACUGUACCCCAGAUAACUAUCAUGAAGACCGUGACAACUACCCCUAAGCGAGUCACCAUCACCAACACUGUUACCCUUGCCACAAUCACUAUUCCCAGGGUCUCUCUAUCUGUCGUCAAGUCAUUCGUCACCAAGACAGCCAGCUGCCAUCUACCCCAAAGGCAGCCUUCCCAGGAUCCUCCGUGCAAGAUCAAGCCCACCAUUGCUGGCGUGACUGCAUCAGCUAUGGAAACAGCCACGUCCGCCAAGUUCCGACAGGUCCGAGACAUUGAACACAGCAUCAACAAUAACAUUACCCACUUCCUUAUGGAAAGGAGAGAGCGUCUGGCUGCCGCUCAUGCGCUUGAAAAGCGUGCGCCUGAUGUCGAGACGUUAACCGUCACUGAGACCAACACGGCUAGGUGGACCACGACAACUACCGUUGUUACCGCACCUGCCAUUACUGUGUACUCGACAUUUGUCGUCAACAGCACCAGCACCGUCACCCCACCCCCGAUCACGGUCCUCUCUGGCAAGACUGUGCUGCCUCCAGUCACUAUCACCGCGCCUACGCCGACCAGGACAAAGACCAGGUUUGAGAUUGCACGGACAACGAUCACAAAGUCCCAGACUUUGACCUGGACAAUCACCACGACCACGACCCCAGCGGCCAGCAAAACGGCCUGCAGGAAGGCAGGCGGUGUCUUCUACCGCAACUGA